UGGUGACAGUAUGGAAAAAAAAAGUGAAAAUAAAUGUUUUUUCAUUUUCCGAAAAAUUAUGACAAAAAAAAAAAAAAAAAAAAAAAAACACAACUUCAAAAAACUCGCCAUGCCUCUUAUGAAGUACGUUGGACUGUCUACUUUGCAAACAGGGGUCAUUUGGGGGAUAUCUGUACUGUUCUGACAUUCUUGGCCUUCAAGAAAUUAGAUUGGCUGUCAGUACUUCAGGAUUGAUCAAUAUUCAGAUAUAUCCCAUAGUUUGUGAACUCUAACUUCAAACUUAAAAAAAUACAUCCUAAUUUGGGUUAUUUUCAGCAAAGACAUGUAG